CGCCAACCAAACGCCACGAAACAAACGCGCAUGAAGAACCAGCAAGCACAACAGCAACGGCAACAGAACCCGCCCUUUUUCUUGUGCGGUCCUUGCCAAACACCCUCCCCUCCCGCACCCGCGCCAGCCAGCCCGUCGCUUGCGCUUCCUGUCUGCCUUUUUUUUUUUCUGCGGGCGGGCUGCAACCAUCAUCACGUCAGGUGGCAAGCAAGCAAGCAAGCAAGCAUCGACGUCCUAGCUGUUGGCGUGCGUGCCACAUUCGAACGCCGCGAAGGAACCCAAACAAAACCCUGAACCGCAGCACAUCAACACGAGUUAAGGCAACUCGCACCAUUGCCGCAACAGCCGCUCACGAAGGAGGAACGUGAGUGUUUACCACACACCCGGCGCCAGCUGACGCCUUUCAUUCCAUUCCAAACCGGAUCAGCAAGCAAACGGCACAGCAUCACGUCCACCACACACACGCACACACACCCGUGUGUCUGUUGCCGCCCCUCUCUCUCUCUCUCUCGCGUGUGCACCAUUACCGGUCAGCCGCAGUCGAGUAGCAGCAUCUGUUGACCAGCGACGGGGCUAGACAAGGCAGCACAUACCCACCCACCCACACACGCGUCCGCGCAUUCCAGCACACCCCAGCAAAGAGCAGCACAAUGUCCUCCCGCGGAGCUUCGAGUAGCCGGUAUGGCGGCCAUCGCUCAAGCAGUCGGCAGCGCUCCGACUCCUUUGGCGAUCAGCGUCGACGUACGCACAGCUUCGGCAAGGGCCGUCGCCCAGGUAUCAACCACAACUGGCGCCAGCGCAAUUCAUCCGAGCCAACCACCAGGUCUUCGGACAUCGUGGAUGCCAUCAAGCCAAAGACGGACGGCUGCCUCAUCCCAGUGAUCUUUGGCGAUGAGAAAGGUAACAAGAAGGAUGCCACGGAAGCGAAUGGCCACAAGGUGGAGGACAAGCCUCUCGACAAGCUGCUGGACUCGUUCGAGUUUGAAGACGGUCCCAUUGAGGAUGACGGCUGCCUCGACGACGAUCCACAGCCAGCAGCGCGUCGCGCGUAUCCUGAGGACCAGCUGUCGGCCAGCGGCAUCAACCUCCUCCGCAUCGUCUACGACCGCGCACACAUGAGCGCUGACCGGGCAAGCCCGUAUCGCCGCGUCUCCAACGCCUCCAAGCGCUCAGAGUCACCCUCCUCCCUCCACUGGGAACCGACGUUUGCGAAUACGCAGGGGAAUGGCGGGCGCCACCGCCGCGCCAACUCGACCGGCUCCCGCCCGGGCCGCCGCUCCCCGCUCAACAAAGUCCAGGACUCACAGGCUCUUCGUUACUACAAGCCUACGCGUCCAAAGCACGCCAAGGGGUCGCAGACGUUCAAGACCAAGUACUCGCCAGACGCCGUUACAGAGAAGGGCGUUGGCUGGUACAUUGAUGAGGAGAACGAGCACCGCGGGUCGACGGUCGUGUUUGCUGAUGGCGUCCGCUUCAACCAGGACACCUACACCGCCUUUCACGAAAAGUGCAUGCGAGGCGAGCAGGACGAGACGAACCACUGGACCAUGCCGCGGCUGUACCGGUUCUGGUCGUACCUCCUCCGCGACUGCUUCAUCAAGGCCAUGUACGAUGAGUUCCGUGCGCUGGCGCACCGCGACGCAGAGGGCGGCCACCGGUAUGGGCUUGAGUGCCUGUUUCGGUUCUACGGCUACGGGCUGGAGCAGCAGUUCAAGGAGGACCGCUUCAACCUCGCGCUGUUUGACGACUUUGAGGCGGAGGUGAUUGCCGACUUCGAUCAGGGCCAGCUGUACGGCCUGGAGAAGUACGUCAGCUUCCUCGAGUACUCGGGCUUCCCACGCGACCGCAUCCACCCGCGCAUCAAGGAGGCCAUGGUUGAUUACCCAACCCUCUCCUCCUUCAAGCAGCGCGUUUGAAGCGUGAAUGCCCAACCCCUGUUCUUUUGGGUGGUUGUGUCCGUGAUGUUGUUCGUGCGGUCAUCCUUCCUUAGGUCUUUUUCUGCUUCCGUGAGGUGUUGUAACAUGAUGUGAUCGCUUGCGUUUGUUUGGUUGGAGUGUUGUUGCCUUUUGUUUCCGUUGUUCUAAUCUCAACUUCUUUUUUAUCAGCCCUUCGUACGAUGGCUGGCGUCAUAACCCAAUACAAGAACCACGUAUAACACACAGCCCACCGUCGCACCGUGCGCUGUUUGUUCGUGUCGUCGAUGUCUGUCACACCAAUUCACUGGGUUGUUGCAAAGGUGUUCGUUUAUGGGAAUACGAAGAAGGGCAAGCCA